AUGAGUCCUAGUGAAAAUAUCAAACUUGCAGAGAAGAAUUUUCAAAAAGAUAAAGACUUUGCAAAGGCAAUGCAUGGUAAAACCACUGAAGGUGGUGGUUUGAGUGCUUUAACAGGUAAGAAUCAGGAGGCAAGUGCAGUUGCAAUUGAAGGUUACUUUAAGCAUUGGGAUGGUAAGACCAGUGAGGAGGCUGAGAAGUCUAGAUUGGAAGAUUAUUCUGCGUUAACCAAGCAUUAUUACAAUUUGGUUACUGAUUUCUACGAAUACGGAUGGGGUGCGUCAUUCCAUUUCUGUAGGUUCUUCAAAGGUGAGCCAUUCAGACAAGCCAUUGCUAGACACGAACAUUACUUGGCAUACAAGAUUGGGAUUGAUGAGAAUAUGAAAGUUUUGGAUGUUGGUUGUGGUGUUGGAGGACCAGCAAGGGAAAUCCAAAGAUUUACUGGAUGUUCAGUUACAGGAUUAAACAACAAUGACUAUCAAAUCGAGAGGGCUAACAAUUGGGCAAAGGCCAAUGGCUUAGAAGAUAAGCUGAAUUUUGUCAAGGGUGAUUUUAUGCAAAUGGACUUUGAACCUGAGAGCUUUGAUGCUGUUUAUGCAAUCGAGGCGACUGUUCAUGCUCCAGUGUUAGAAGGUGUUUAUAGUGAAAUCUACAAGGUCUUAAAGCCUGGUGGAAAAUUUGGUGUUUACGAAUGGGUGAUGACUGAUGCAUAUGACGAAACUAACGAAGAACAUAGGAAAAUUGCAUAUGGUAUUGAGGUUGGUGAUGGUAUUCCAAAAAUGUACAAGAAGGAAGUUGCAGAAAAGGCAUUGAAGAAUGUUGGAUUUGAGAUUUUGUAUGAGAAUGAUUUGGCUGAUAAUAACGAUGAGAUCCCAUGGUAUGCACCAUUGGCAGGUGAUUGGAAGUACGUUCAGAAUGUUGCAGACCUAUGGACCUAUUUCAGAACGUCUGCAUUUGGUAGAAAAGUUACUACAUUAGCUGUUGGUACUUUGGAGACUUUACGUUUAGCACCAAAGGAUUCUGUUAAGGUUACUGAAGCGUUGGAAGAUGCUGCAGUUUCAUUAGUCGAAGGUGGUAAGCAAAAGCUGUUUACCCCGAUGAUGUUAUACGUUGUUCAAAAACCUUUGAAAGAGGAAAGCUAG